GCAAUGUGCCGGUUCAGUGCAAAAUAAAAGCCCGAAAGAAGAAACUAGAGUCGUGUCUUUUUGGUCGGCUAGCAAACCGCAAACAUGUUCCAGACCGAGAGAUUCAACGUCUAAAGAUCAGCACAGACUCCGAAACAGGGCUGGUUACAGCGUGUACGACUUUCCGGGUCGCGUACUGGACUCUCCUGAGCAGCAGGUGUUGAGUUAGAGAGCCAGGUCCGGCUGAUGUUGGGAGAAGCUAACAGGCUAGCUAAGCGGAGCUCCGCCUGUCUCUCUCUGGUGUUGUGAUGUGAUGGACUUUCUGCUUGUGUGAGCUGCCACCUUCACCAUGAGCGUCCACCGUGUCCUCCUUCUCCUGCUGCCGCUGCCGUGCAUGUGUUUGCUGACCAAUAGUACGGCCAGACUCGUCGGCAGCCGGCCCACAGAUAGCGUGGACGACUGCGACACUUCAUACUGUGCACAGAAUCUCAUCACGGAGUGUAACAAAGUCUUCCUGAAGGAUAACUCUACCUGUGUUUACCUAAACUGCUCCAAUGACACGUCGUGUGAACGUUUGUUGGAAAAAAUUGGUCGGGAUGGUGGACCCAGUCAAGCCAGUGUAGCGAAACCUCUACCAACCUCAGCUUCAUCACCACAUGCCCUUAUGACGGUCCCUCCUGCCCCUGGUCCACCUCCAGAUGCUGCUAGAGAUCCUGACCCAGAGGAUCCUGACCCUCAGCAGCCUUCAUCCAGCGGUAACUCCACGUCCCUGAACCCUCCAAACUCCAGCGAUACCAACAGCUCUUCAGCAAACGGGCAAAUUAACCCCAACAUCAACCCUGUUGCUCCUCCAAUAAAGAAGGUUCUAGCUCCUACAGCAUCUCUCAAGCCAGAAACCACAUCAGUUGUUGACGAGGUUCAUCCAGGCACGCCAAGCUCGGACGGUGUCCCGGCUGCCGGGGCCAAUAAGAACAAAACAGCCACGGAGAUCAGUACCACCCCCGAACUGCCAACCACAGCUCCAGCUACCACUCAAGCCACCACAAAUGCCUCAACGGCACCACCACCAACAACGCCUACCAUGACUACCACCGUCACCAUGACGACUGCCACCACACCAUCAACGACAACAGUAAAAGUUACCACCACAAUACCAGCUCCAACCACAACGAAGUCCUCCACCGUGCCAAAACCAGCACCUUCUACAGCGGCCACCACCAGUCAGACACCACUUUUACCCUCUACCCACCCUGUUACCCCUGCAGGGGGGCAAAAUCCCUCACCUACAACGCCAAAGCCCCCCGAGAACCCCUCCGUAGGGCAGGUACCCAACACUGAGAGCAAAGAGAAGGAGCAGCCUGGCCAGGCUGUAGUGGUGGAAGCAGCUGGAGAACCACUGACCAUUCACGUGGUCAAUACCAGCUCUCUUCUGGCCGUGCUGAUGUUCGGCCUCCUGUUCUUCAUCAUCACGGUCAUCCUCUUCCUCAGGCACGCCUACGAGAGCUACAAGAGAAAAGACUACACGCAGGUGGACUAUCUCAUCAACGGCAUGUACUCCGAUUCAGGGGUGUGAGAGUUUACAUUUCAACAAAAACGGUUCGGCGGCGAUUGUUUGCGGCGGUGUUGCUGAUUGAAGCUGCUCAGACAGUAUUCGGUCAGAUGAAUGCGAAAGGCUCAUGAUCACGAGCAGAUCUCUCUCUUUUCUGCGAAGAUUGAGCAGAUUUCGGAACUUUACAGCCUUCAGUACGAGUUCCUUCAAUAAUGUAUAGCAUUUUUUUGUUUUCUAUGCAGAUAAAGCUUCCAUAAUACUCGUCACACAGGACUUAAGCCUUAGUCUUAAUCCUUAAACCCUUAACCUCCUCUUCAAUGAAUGUCAUUCUAAGGGAUUGAUGGUGCAAUAUUUUAUUUUUUUGUUUUUUUUUUUGUUUGUUUUUCUGUUGAUGUCCAAUUACUCAAGAGCAACUAACAGUCAGGUUGCACUAGUUGCCUUUUUGCUGUUUAUAUUAUGUGUUAAUGGCCUUCAGUCAUUGUAAUCAUUACUUACCAACCUUUUUUUUUCUUUAAUCAUUCCACUCUUUUAUGUUU